UACUGUAAUGUAAAUACUGUACCUUAAAGAGGGCUUCACGCAUUUAGUAUAAAUCAAAUUAUUUAAUUACAUUUGUGUAGUUCUACAAGAAGAUCAGUAUUGUGAAAAGAUGUCUACAGCAGAGGAAGAUUUUCUCAAGUCGUUAGACAGUUGCCGUCUCUACAAAGAACGUUGUGAACGCAAUCGUCAAAAAGCAUUGCUUUUAAGAAGUUCAAAAAUUGUAUCGCAUCCUUACUCCAAAAGAGAGAAUGGAAAUUCAAAUAAUAAAAAAACUAAAGUACAAGACCAACAGAUUAAACUCAGUGGUGGUGGCUUUCUCAUAGAGGAAGAUGAUGAUUUAGAAGAUGAGAUGUUGAAAAUAACAGAACCACCUGCCCCGAUUAUAAGUAAUUUACCUCAUUGCGAAGAAUGCCAAAAUGAGUUUAAAGAUUCAUAUUUAUUACAAAAGUUUGAUUUAUCUGUAUGCGAUAAAUGCAGAGAUCCUAAGGGAAAACAUACUUUCAUCACAAAAACAGAGGCCAAGCAAGAAUAUCUAUUGAAGGAUUGUGAUUUUGAUGGGCGAGAGCCUAUAUUAAAAUAUAUCACAAAAAAGAAUCCCCAUAAUUCGCAUUGGGGUGAAAUGAAAUUGUAUUUACAAUUACAAGUAGAGCAGAGAGCACUACAAGUUUGGGGUUCUGAAGACAAAUUGUUAGAAGAGAAGGAAACCCGGGAUACUAAGCGAGAAGGAACAAAAAUUAAAAAAUUUAAUAAAAAGAUUAAACAAUUGCGGAUGCAAGUUAGAAGUUCGAUGUACGAUAAAACAUCGAAAGCUUCUCACGUUCACGAAUUUGGAGGAGAUACAUACAAUGAAGAAGAUGAUACAUAUACACAUACAUGUAUCACUUGCGGCUAUGAAGAAACUUUCGAAAAAAUGUGAAUUUUAAUUCUAUUAUAGGUUUUAGUGAAAAUAUUUCAUUAAGCCGUGUUAUAUUAUAGUAUUUGCUUCCUUAUUUGCAUGCAGAUAUUGAAAGAAACUCAAAAUUUGUGAUUUUUUUUAAAUCAUUAAUUUAUUAUAUAUUUUUCUUAUCGUCCUUUUUUUUUAAAUACUUUUUUCCAUUGGAAUUGAAUGCGUUUGUACUGAAAUAAAAUUUUGUACAUUAUAAUACGUUUACAUUUUUAACGAUCUUGUCUAGCUUUUAGAUUACUGAAAUAUUCGCAAAUAAACAACAUAAUUCGAUCUAUUUAUUUGCAAUGCAAUACCAUAAUUUUGUAUAUAUUCCUCUAUUUCUAGAGAACAUUCAUCGGUUUGAUUGUACUCAAUAUACUACUGUACUGUCCUUGAUUACAUUAUCUCUUACUGUUACAUUAUGACGGUCUGUCCAAUUAAAUUACUAUAUCUACAAA